AAGAGGUUGAAGAGACAAAAUUGUCAAUGGGAAACAAGACAAGAAUCAAAGAUACAUUGUAACUGUAAAUUGUUCGUUAACUGAUUGCAAUUGUAAGUUGAUUACCAACUAGUCAGUGAUUCUCUUAACUGUGUAAUUAAUUAAUUUUCGAAAAAUGUCAGCCAAUAUCAAUCGUAUUCCAGCGGCAGUAAAAGAUUUAACAGAUAAUUUGAAGAUAAAAGCUCCGAUCGUUUCGAUUCUCGUUUCGAUUAAAAAUAAAUGGGAUGACCACGUUUCCAUUGAUAGUUACAUAUUCAGCCUUCAUUCAACGGUUACAGUCGCCAUGUUGAUUUUUUUCACCAGUUUUCUCACCAUGAAACAGUAUUUCGGUGAUGUAAUUGAAUGUUUGGACAUCCCUUCAGCAGCGCAAAGUUUAUCGUCCAAACAAAUGACCAAUUACUGUUGGAUGGAAGGUGCAUUUACUAUUGUAAACCGUUAUAUCCAAUCGGCUGAUGAGAUACGACGAAACAAUUAUGAAGUUCCAGGUCAUGAUGUCGCUUAUCCAGGAAUUAAAGCUUAUAAACCCCAUCAGGGUGACCUUAAAAUGCCACAUAAAUAUUACCAAUGGAUUUACUAUAUUUUAGUGAUUCAGAGUUGCCUUUUCUUUGUACCCAAAAUGAUCUGGAGAUUAAGGGAAAGAGGUCGAUUAACUCAAUUGAUUAAACAAUUGAGGAUAAAAGAUACCAGUGUACCAUCGGGUCAACCACCACGUCCAGGUUUCAAAGAACUCCCGGAACAUAAUGCCAAUGAAAUACUUCAAGAUUUAGCCGAUACAAUAUUAAUCUCUGACCAAUACUAUGGUGGAAUGGUCAAGGCUGAGAUUCUUUACUUUGUUCACUUGAUUUGUGAAAUUAUCUUCAUUCAUUUGUUUCUUGGCCGUAAAUUUAUCUGCCUUGGUUCACAGUGGUUAUACUAUACAAGCCGUUCAGAUGAUAUAACCUUUGACCCAUUGAUUAGAAUAUUCCGCUUGACCAAGUGUAGCUUUCACAAAUUUGGAGCUUCAGGGUCACUCGAAACCUAUGAUACUCUUUGUUUCAUGCCAAUGAACAUCGUCAAUGAGAAAAUAUUUGUAAUCCUUUGGUUCUGGUUCGUCAUUUUAUUUGUUUGUACAUCAAUUCAGCUCGUUUGGAAUCGUUUAUUUGCCAGAUUAUCAGCAGAACGCCGAUUAAAGAGACUAGAAAAACAGGCUCCAUGUGCUAAAUCAACAAAUUCAGCGAAAGAUGAGACCGAUUUCCUCAAGACUAUGUCUCAAUCGCCUUCUCGAUCGUUCGUCCUCCAAUUGAUUGCCAAAAAUUUGAAACCAAAUUAUUUUCGUUAUUAUAUUAACCAAGUAUCAAAACACUUCGAAAAGGUCGAUAAAAAACUCAACUACUCAAGUAAACUACCAUUAGGUUUUAUUAAUUUACCAACUGCCCCACUUAUAAAUCCAGGGGAUGGUCAAAGUUAGUUAAAGAUGCAAAUAUCGAUAAUAAAAAAAAAUUUUCGUAAAACUA